AUGGAAUGUUUGAAACUUUUGGAAACACUAGAUAUCUUUGGUUAUGCUGGUAUCUGCGUAGGGACAGAAAAUUCACAGCUAUUACAAAAUUCUCUCAUAAUAUUACAACAAGAAAAUCAUUUUCAAAAGUGUUACUAUUGGGGGAAAAUCUAUGGAGUACAAAAUGAUUACCAUAUCGCAUUUGGUUUUGAAAAAGAUUGCAUGAACGAUCAGGUAUAUUACUACAGUACUGAUGGAUUAAAUUGGCUAUUGCUGCCGAAAGCAAAUAAAUGUGCUCGAUUCUUAACACCUCUUGCAAUUAAUAAGUUUGAGGGUGACCCUUCUAUAGUUACUAACGUUUAUAAUGUCAAUCCUCCGUUCCCGCCAAAUGAAGAUCCUAAAAAAUAUUACGAUGGUCCUAUACCGAGAGAAUUAAAAGAGGAAGAUAGACUCGCAGCUACGAUAGAAAUAAUUAAAGAAGACGCCGUAAUAAUUCCACGUGGUGCAUGGUUUAAAUGUCCCAACGGUGAUGUAAUUGAAAAUUUAAGUUUUGAAGGACUCAAUGUUACAGAUGCAUCGUAUCUAAAAUCUUAUUUGCACGCACGUUCACCGCAACAAAAGUGGAAUACCAACUUACUUACUAGACCUGAUUAUAAUUACGCAAUAGAUUUUUUAGAUACAAUCGAUUUAGAUGUACCACCAGGAUGCUGGGAUUUACAGUUUUUACUAGACAAACAAUUAAUUAUUUUACAUAGUCUCUUUUGGCCAGGUAUGACAUUUUAUCACAAGUUGAAUAGUCCGCAUUAUGGAUUUCUUUACUUUGGACAUGGAAAAAAGAAUAUGGAUGUGGUGUUUAUGGUGUAA